GCGCCAGGGUGAAGGCAGUCACAGCGACUGUCCUAAAGUCCCGCGGCGCCCCCUCCCCCGCGGCGGGCCGGGCGCGCAGUCCCUGGGCGUGUGCCCCGCCGCAGCCCGCGGAGCCUCCGCGUCUCCUGCAAAGGGGGGCGGGGAGCACGGCAAGCGGCCCGCGUCUGCGGCUCCCUCCCCACGCCCGAGCCUCCGCGCACCGCCGAGAGGACGCGCGCCCGAGCCCGGUGCCCACGCCGCGGCGCGCCCGGCCCCCGGCCCAGCCAGAACAAUCGACCAUGACGACCGAAUCGGGAUCAGACUCGGAAUCCAAGCCAGAGCAGGAGGCUGAGCCCCAGGAGGCGGCGGGGCCGCAGGGGCACGCGGGGGUGCAGCCAGGCCCCGAGCCGGGCGCUGAGGAGCAGCCCCAGGCGCCGGAGCAGUUCGAGGAGGCGGCAGCACACAGCACGCCGGUGAGGAAGGAGGUCACUGACAAGGAACGGGAGUUCGCUGCCGCCGCUGCCAAACAGCUUGAGUAUCAGCAAUUUGAAGACGAUAAACUUUCUCAGAAAUCAUCUAGCAGUAAACUAUCUCGCUCUCCAUUAAAGAUUGUCAAAAAGCCUAAAAGCAUGCAGUGCAAAGUGAUACUUCUGGAUGGAUCGGAAUACACCUGUGACGUAGAGAAACGCUCUAGAGGUCAAGUGCUGUUUGAUAAAGUAUGCGAACAUCUGAAUUUGCUAGAAAAAGACUACUUUGGGCUUACAUAUCGAGACGCUGAAAACCAGAAGAAUUGGUUGGACCCUGCUAAGGAAAUUAAAAAACAGAUUCGAAGCGGUGCUUGGCAUUUUUCAUUUAAUGUGAAAUUUUACCCACCAGACCCUGCCCAGCUCUCUGAAGACAUCACCAGGUACUACCUCUGCCUCCAGCUGCGAGAUGACAUCGUGUCUGGCAGGCUGCCCUGCUCCUUCGUCACCCUUGCCCUGCUGGGCUCCUACACUGUCCAGUCAGAACUGGGAGACUACGACCCUGAUGAGUGUGGCAGCGACUAUGUCAGCGAGUUCCGCUUUGCACCAAACCACACGAAAGAGCUGGAGGACAAAGUCAUUGAGCUGCACAAGAGCCACAGAGGAAUGACGCCAGCAGAAGCAGAGAUGCAUUUCUUGGAAAAUGCCAAAAAGCUUUCCAUGUAUGGGGUAGAUUUACAUCAUGCCAAGGAUUCGGAAGGAGUCGACAUCAUGCUGGGCGUGUGUGCGAGUGGUUUGUUGAUAUAUCGUGACCGGCUACGCAUCAACAGAUUUGCCUGGCCAAAGGUUCUAAAAAUCUCAUACAAACGGAACAACUUUUACAUUAAGAUCCGGCCGGGAGAGUUUGAACAAUUUGAAAGCACCAUUGGGUUUAAGCUGCCAAACCAUCGCGCUGCCAAGCGUUUAUGGAAAGUGUGUGUAGAACACCAUACAUUUUUCAGACUGCUGUUACCUGAAGCACCUCCAAAGAAAUUCCUCACCUUGGGUUCCAAGUUUCGUUAUAGUGGCAGAACGCAAGCCCAGACCAGAAGAGCCAGUGCCUUGAUAGAUCGUCCGGCCCCUUACUUUGAGCGCUCAUCCAGCAAACGCUACACUAUGUCUCGCAGCUUGGAUGGAGCAUCAGUGAAUGAAAACCAUGAAAUGUACAUGAAGGAUUCUGUGUCCGCUGCAGAGGUUGGUACGGGCCAGUACGCCACAACAAAGGGCAUCUCUCAGACCAACUUGAUCACCACUGUGACUCCAGAGAAAAAGGCCGAGGAGGAGCGGGACGAGGAGGAGGAGAGACGGAAAAAGGCCGAGGAAGCCACACCUGUCGCCACCGUACGGCACGAGGGAAAGACGGACAGCGAGCGCACAGACACGGCCGCCGAUGGGGAGACCACCGCCACGGAGUCGGACCAGGAGGAAGAUGCAGAGCUCAAGGCCCAGAAUAGUCUGAUUAAGCGCAUAAAGGGUGAAAAUGUGUAUGUCAAACAUAGUAAUCUUAUGUUAGAGGAGCUAGAUAAAACGCAAGAUGACCUGAUGAAACAUCAGACCAAUAUUAGUGAGCUGAAAAGAACCUUUUUAGAAACCUCCACAGACACUGCCGUCACGAACGAAUGGGAAAAGAGGCUUUCCACCUCCCCCGUGCGACUCGCCGCCAGGCCAGAGGAGGCGCCCAUGAUCGAGCCGCUUGUACCUGAAGAGCCCAGUGUGAUAAAGAACAUUCAGGAAGGAGACUCUGCAGGCUCUGUGUUUACCUCUCAUCAAAUCAUUUUCCAGAAAACUGUCCCAUCGACCCUAGAGGGCACAGAGGAUUGGGUUAUUGUAGACAAAAUACCCACUGAGGUAGUUGAUGGUGAUUCCAAAAAGAUUGUGACGUACAAGGUGGUGACCCUGAGCAGUAGAACGGGUGACAUCCCGGCCGACCUAUUAGGGUCCAGUGCCGUGGAAGUGCAGAGCUUCGAAGACCUGGCCCGAGAAAUGCACUUGAAGGAAGACAGCAGGCAGAAGAUAUACACCCUCGGAAGGUCCUACGACACUGUGUCGGGAAAAAUUGUCACUAUGACCGGAAAAGCCAAGGAGGGGGAGAAGGUGGUGCCACCCUCCCCCCUGGAGCUGGGACUGGCUGAAUCUAUGAAGACCCCCCUUGUCCUGGCAGAGCUCGGGGUCCUGGGAGCCAGCACUGAGGACAGGGCCAGGAGAGGGCCCGAGGUCCACACGCCCAAACGGAGGCUGUCAGAGUCCCUGACCCCCAUCAAGGAAGCCGAGUCACGGCGGCCAAGCCCCGAGGAUGCUGAGCCCUUGCGGGAGGCGGGCCCAGAGAGCGCGCGGCUCAGAGCAGAGCCCAAGCCCGAGGCCGAGGCCUUGAAGGUGGGGCCGUUCGGUCCCCGCAGGAAGAGCCUGUCCGAGUGGAGGUACUCCCAGGAACCGGCCGUCACCGUCGCCACCGCCCGUUAUGUUACCGAGGUGGCCGCAUCCCAAGUCGUGACUAAACAGUCUUCUGGUGAAAAGCUCAUGGAUGGCUCUGAAAUCUUCAGUUUAUUAGAGUCUGCGAGGAAACCGACAGAAUUCAUAGGAGGGGUUACUUCCACUUCUCAAAGCUGGGUGCAGAAAACAGAAACCAAGACGGAGUCCAGUGAAACAGAGACAGAAACUACCCAGCGCCCCCAGCCACUCAGCACUGAGAAGGUGGUGCAGGAAACGGUGUUGGUGGAGGAAAGACAUGUGAUGAGCGUGCAUGCAAGUGGAGAUGCUUCUUCCACUGCGGGAGAUGGUGUGGAUGCUGCAGCACAGGCUGCCUCUGCCGAAGCUUCUGGCGUGAAAGGGAAGGAAGGCUCUGCUCUGACCGAGGGGGCGAAAGAGGACAAGGGGGAGGUGGCCGACAGAGCUGUCCUGGAGCAGGAAGUGAUGGCCGCUGCUUCCCAGGAGCCAGAGGAGGAGCGGCUGAGUGCUGCCAUCCACGUGUCUGAAACUCUGGAACAAAAACCUCAUUUUGAGUCAUCAACUGUGAAGACAGAAACCAUCAGCUUUGGCAGUGUUUCACCAGGAGGAGUAAAGCUAGAAAUUUCUACCAAGGAGGUGCCCGUAGUUCACACAGAAACAAAAACCAUAACGUAUGAAUCAUCACAGGUUGAUCUUGGCGCUGAUUUGGAGCCGGGGGUGCUAAUGAGUGCCCAGACGAUCACAUCUGAAACCACCAGCACCACCACCACCACCCACAUCACCAAAACUGUGAAAGGAGGCAUUUCAGAGACGAGAAUCGAGAAGCGAAUCGUUAUCACAGGAGAUGCAGACAUUGACCACGACCAGGCGCUGGCUCAGGCAAUUAAAGAGGCCAAAGAGCAGCACCCUGACAUGUCAGUGACCAAAGUAGUGGUCCAUAAAGAGACAGAGAUCACCCCGGAAGAUGGAGAGGAUUGAGCCCAGGAGUAACCUAGCCUGCACAUGAAGCCAGGCAAUGCAGACCGUUAGGAAAAACCAGAAUCUCUGUGGAGUUCCCUCUUCUAACUCACUGACUUGUAUCUGCCCGUGGACAAUUUCAAUCCAGAAGAACUGACCUUGACCAUAACUAAAGACACUGGCAGAGAGCUCUUCCCAUCAUAAAGCAAUCCGAAUCAGCAUCACUAAACUGAUAUUGCAUGAAGCAACAAUAAAAUUACAAAAACAGCAGCAUUUUUAAUUUUCACACAGCGUCUAAGUUUCCAGCUACACCUGCACGUGCAUAAACCAGCCACAUAAACCGUGAUCUCAUGUAACACAUAAUACAAUCCAUGCCUUUCGUAGCUUAUUAUGGCGAAAGUCUAAACAAAAAUGAGACUUCUUAGGUGACAGGUCUUUUGUUUACAGAUCAGUGAAGGUGACCCUAAACUUCUAGAAGCUGUGUAGGUCCGGUACGUCAGGUUUAUCCAAGAUUAGAUGUGCCAGUAACAGAGUUUAUGCAGUAAACAACUUGAUUCUUGUACUUGUUUCAUCUGGUUUAUCACUCACCCUGAAACAGUAAUGACUCUCUGAUCCUCUGGAAAUAUUUAAUGCUUACAGUCCCGCUUUGUGUAAUCUAAUUUAAUUCAUUAGAAGGUAGUGCUGAUUUCAGCAUAUUAAUGUGAUUUCCUCCCUGUCAUCCGCUUUUGGUCUGUGUUCAAUCUGGAAAGCUUCCCAGAGUCCCCUAACAAGUCCUAAAUAUGUAAAUUAUCAUUAUUUUGGAAAGAAAACCUGUAUUUUUGUUAGUCGGCCAUAUUAUGAAAUUUCACUCCAGGAAAACCCGUUGGACUUCUGUUGCAUUGUUUUCUUUCGUUUCUUCUUCCUUGUAUUUUUUAAUUGAUUUUUCUCCUUUUACUUGAAAAAAAAAAAGUGUUUUAUUUCCGAAUCUGGUCCAUAUUUACAAUCUAGUUCAGAGCCAAGCCUUAAACUGUACAGAAUUUCCACUGUAAUUAAACUAUUUAGUGUUUAGUUAUAAAUAGCCUUCAGAAAGAUAUAUGCUCCAUUAUACUGUCAACUGCAUCCCACAGCCCAUGGUGAAUGUAUGUUUCUGCAUAGCAAAAUAAAAAUGGUAAACGCAUUCAAAUAUCUAA